CUCUUGCCAUUCAAAAAAAAAAAAAAAAGGGGGGGAGAGAAAACCCCUCCACUCCAAAUUUGGAAAAAAUGAGAACAAAAACUCCAGCCUUUAGGCGCAGGCCAAGGAAUUCCAUCUCUCCUUCAAACGCCCAACUCAUCUAUCCACUCCACUAUCAGGAUGAAGAUAAUGAAGAAUAUCAUUUACAUGGUAGUGACAAUGGAGAAUCAGAGGACGCUGGUUUUAGUCAAGAUAAUGAUAAGAAUAACGAUGAUGUUGAUGGUAAGGAUGAUGCCUUUGAUGAUGACGCUGAGAAGGAAGGUGAUGAUGAUUUGGUUCCUGAUGAUGUUAAUGAGAAAGAUGAGGAUGCUAAUUAUGUAGUUCCAGAUUGUGUUGAGGGGUGGGUGAAUCUGCUGGAGUGCCUUGCUGAUUGGUUAGGAGUGUUUUCCUAUAUUUCCAGUGGAGGAAGCAGUCCGGUCUUGGUUUGCAGUGAAAAUGACUGCCCCAUCGCAAUGCAGGAGGCACGCAUGAGUACUGAACCCGAUUUUGACGAUACUGGUAAAUUCUACUGUCCUUAUUGUUGGUACAAGCGAGUAGUAGCAAGGACUGAAGAAUUGAGAAAGGAAGCUUUGCUGGCAAAGAGGGAACUGUUAAACUUUAUACAUUCGAAGCGGGAUGAUGGAAAUGGAGAGAAGCAGGAAGAUGAAGCAAGCAACAUGAAAGCAGCUAGUCUAUCGACAUCAAGGAAAGAAAAUUCUGGAGAUUUUGGAAAUGGUCUGAAUGAUGAUGUUAAUGAGACAAUAUAUUAUAAUCAGGGGCAAGUCAUGUGUAUUGUGUCCAAAGGAAAAGAGAAAUCUGUUGAUGGAAGUACCUCCAAAGCUCAUGGGGCUGACAAUGUUGCAGAUGGACAAAUAAUGCAAGAGGAGGAUAUAGAAACAGUGAAAAUGAUGCAAGUAAUGAGGAUGCUUGGCGUGUAUUGGAAGCUAACCAAGGUAAGAACAGGAUGGAUGGACUAGUUCGGUCAAAUACAAUAGGAACUAGUACAGCACAUAUGACAAAAGAUGCUACAUCCAAGGUGCCUGCAAUUGAAAGUUUUGAGUUUGUAUCACCUGAUUUGGAAGCCGGGACAGUUGUGCGUCAAAUGCGCAUCAAACACACAGCUAAGAGGGCAUUACCUUGGCAAGUAGAUCCACCAAGGAUUCCCUCCUUUCAACCAGGUUCCAGUGCCAAUGAUAAGAUGAAAAACCUCCAAGGAAAAGCUACAACCGCUAAAAACGCUUUCCAAUGUCAAGAAUUAAACAAGCAAAUUAUGAAUCCAAUACUGGGUAGUGGAAAACGUAAGCCAUUACCUUGGACAACUGAAGAGGUAGACACGCUGAAGGAGGGAGUGCGGAGAUUUUCACUGACAUCAAACAAAAACAUCCCCUGGAGGAAAAUUCUGGAAUUCGGUCAUCAUGUUUUCGAAAACAAUCGUAUUCCGGUCGACCUUAAGGAUAAGUGGAAGAAAAUUAUGGCCAAAGAGGACCCAAAAAGUAACAAGGGGACACUAUUUCCUUUCGAGGAAUAAGGUAAUGUUUCAGGAUGUUAAUAUGUCUGUUUUGUUGUAGUUAUCUCUAACUAAAUCAAGUUGGUAGCUGGGUGCCUGAUAAUGUAAAAAGUAGGAAGUUACUGUUCUAUUAACUAGA